UAACAAUAGAAGAACCGCUUUUGGUGCUAUAUAGAACCAUAUAAAACACAUUCUUCACCAAUCUGAAGAACCAUUUCACCAUGCAAAAAACAUUUAAGCACGAAAUGGUUCCGUGUAGUGUUCAUGGUUCUGAAUAGAACCAUUCCCUGUGCUACAGAACCCUUGAAGAACCAUCCUUUUUUUAAGUGUGUACUUCUAGUAGACAAUUGAAUGAUCUGACUGAAAACCACCGGAGACAGGUUAAAACCUAUAUUUAAUAUAUAAUGUAUCUAAUAUUAAUCUAUAUUAGUGACAUUUUUAAAAACCCCAGCCUGAACUGGCUAAAGUGUGAAUAAAUGUUAACACCCCUGUUUCUCCCAUGCGCUAAACGCAAAACUCGCUUUUCAACGAAAAUUCAAACGUGCGUGUCGUGCAUUCCCUUUAAAUGGGAAUAGUUCACUUCUAGCGGAGGUGAUACGGGCGACAACAAAGACUCGAGGAGUAUGCGUUAUUCCAUCGUUUGAUGCAAAUCUGCAGUUCAGACCGAGCUGAACUUCUUCAAUAAGAGCUGCGAAGUAGAUUUUGUAUUUUAAAAUGUCGGCGUUUUAAUUCGGCGUAGUUUGUUUUGAUUCGAAUGCACCCCUCUCUUCGCGUGAAGAUGGUAUCGCCCGCCCCAUCUGUUCUCCUCUUGUGAGAUUGAAACAGAUUGUAGUGGCGCAAUGGCAACUAAACCAGGAGGACAGCAAGUUUUACUCUUCAGCUGAAGAAGUCAUCUGUGGAAGAAGAAAGUGGAUAGCGGCGUUAAAACGAUAUCUGAUGUGAGGAAACGAAGUGAACGUAAAAACCUCCCUCCUUUUGUUUGAAAAUGUCCCAGGGAUGUACAGUUUCUGUGGAGGAGAUCCAGUCUUGGUGGGAAGUCCCCGCCAUAGCACACUUCUGCUCGCUCUUCAGGACGGCGUUCAACUUACCAGACUUCGAAAUUGAGGAGCUGGAACAAGCACUGCUGAAACAGGACAGAGACUUCCUCUCCGAACUUGUUUGCUGUCUUCUCCAGGGAUGUUACCAGCGACACGACAUCACGCCUCAGGCUUUCCGCAGCUACUUGGAGGACAUCAUCAACUACCGCUGGGAGCUGGAGGAGGGAAAGCCCAACCCUCUGAAAGAGAGCUCUUUUGAGGACCUUCCAGUCCGCACGCAGGUGGAGCUCCUCCACAGGCUCUGUGAUUACCGCCUGGACGCUGCUGACGUCUUCGAUCUGCUUAAGGGACUGGAUGCAGACAGCUUACGUGUCGAGCCUCUGGGUCAAGAUGGAACUGGUGCCCUUUAUUGGUACUUCUACGGUACUCGGAUGUACAAGGAGGAGCCUGUCAAACGGAAGUCCUCUGAGCACUGUGAAACCCCUGAAUCAAAAAUACCUGAGAAGAAAAGGAGGGGGCGGCCACCGAAGAAGAAGCCUGGAGAGAUGUCACCAACUGAAAUGGAUACAGUGGAGGAAAAUGGUGUUGAAGAGCCACAGUUGGUUAAAGAGCGAGAGCGUGGAGCUUGGUCUCUGAUAUGUGACACCGAGGAGCAGUGGACCAGGCUGGCGGACAGUAUUAAGGACAAAAGUUCUCCUCAGGACCGUCACCUGUACCGCAUCAUCACGCAGAACUUCUUGCCUGAGAUCAGCAGUAUGGUUGAGCACAGGGAACGAGAGCAGCAGCAGAAGCUGUUGAACCCUCCGGUGCGAAACUCGCAGCGGCUUUCAGAGAAAUUUGUCAGCAAGGAAGAUGAUAAGCUGAACGACGUCUCUGAAGCGGACAUUAAACAGAGAGAAGAAGAUUUGGAAAGACAGAUUCUUCUCGCGGAGCAGCGCCGAGAAGAGGAGCGACUCCUCCAAGAGGAGCGUGAGAGAGAGGAGUUGGAGAGGGCCAAAGCAGCUGAAGAGCGUGCACGGAGGAGGAAGCAGCGUGAGGAGAGGGCCUGGUUGCUGUCUCAGGGGAAGGAACUUCCUCCUGAGCUUCUCCAUUUGGAGCCACACUCGCCCAUUCGCCGCUCUCGCCGCACCAAGGAACUCUAUGAAAUCGAUGAUGAUUACGCUGCUCUGUACAAAGUGCUGGAGGCUCUAAAGGCUCACAAAGAUGCCUGGCCCUUCAUGGAACCUGUGGAUGAAUCCUAUGCCCCCAACUAUCAUGAGAUCAUUCAGACCCCAAUGGAUCUGUCCACCAUAGAGAGAAAGCUCAAUGAAGGAGAGUACGUUGUCAAGGAUGAAUUUGUAGCUGAUGUGAAGCUCAUGUUUGAGAACUGCUUGGAGUACAACGGGGAAGAGAGCGAGUACACCAUAAUGGCUGAGUCACUGGAGCGCUGUUUCAACAGAGCCCUGCUGAAACACUUCCCCUCCGAGGAUGCAGACACCGACGAGGAAUUCCAUGUUACCAAGGAGGAGCGUGACCGCAAGGAGAAGAAAAAGGGCAAGAGCAGCCGGCAGUCAGGGCCUGAAAGCUUGAUCCGGGCUACAGAGCAGGUGCAGAAACGUAAAGCCCCCAGCAGCGGUAAAGGAGGCAAGGUGCCUCAGGAGAACAGCUCAGUGUCGGCUCCUCCACCACCUGCCUUCCCCUACACCAAUGGGCCAUCGCAUCCUCAGAACAUCCACCCAGGACAGCCUCAUCCUGGGAAUGAUCCACGGGCUGCUAUGUACCAUCCUGGCCAACAGCUGCAGCGGGCCCCAGGUCCUCUACCAUCAGGCAUGUAUGGCCAACGUUUGAUGAUGGACCCCCGAUAUCCGUACCCAGGACACAGACCCUUCAUGGCUGGAGGACCAGGAGAGCAUCAGCCCCAGCACAUACCUCAUUACAACAUGCAGGGUCCACCUGUCAAUGGUCCGCACCUUGGUCCCAGAUACCCAGUGGGAUCUGAAACUCGACCAGUUCAACCUCAGCAUCAGCAGCACACCUACAUUGGACCAACUCAUGGCCCGUCGCUGGGGCCAAGACCAGUGGCCCUACAGCCUGGAGGCUUUUGCACCCCUCCGUCCGAAGGAAACAUGUACCCAUCUGUCCAACACCCUGACGGACAACCCAUGCACCCUGUGGGGAACAGCUACCCGAGACCUGGUGUUCCCAUGCACAACUCUUACACCUCCUAUGGCCCUCCGCCAGGUCCGUAUGGUGCUUGGCCGAACCAUCAAGGACAGCAGCUACCUAGAGGGCCUAUGAUGCAGGAGCAGACUAUGGGCAAUCAGCACCCCUACGGUCAUAGUAUGAUGCGUCCCCCACGCACUGCAGGAUAUCCCCCCUCGAAUGGCCCAUACAGAAUGCCUGCAGUUAAUUCCCCAGGACCCAUGGGCCACAGGCCUCCACUGACCCCUCAAGACUCCAGGCCACAUGUGGGCUCAAUGAUGGACAGCCCAGAGAUGAUUGCCCUUCAGCAGCUCUCAGCCUCAUCCUCCCACCGCAACAUUAGCUAUCAGCCCUCUCCGUUGACUGCUUCUGCUCCUGAAAGCCAGCACCCUGGUUCUAUAGGAAAGAGCACUCUGGAUAACCGGACUGUAGAUGGAGCAGCCAAAGGUCCAGAGGUUGAAUUGGCUGACAAACGGUUAAGCGAAGAGUCCAACGGCCCUCCUCACCCUGGUCCAGCUGAAAGGCCUGAACAGCCCGGUGGCCCAGAAUGGGGCAAAUCACCACAGAAGAAGACUUCUGCAGAGGUGCCUUCAGCAUUGCUGUCACCACAGAAAAACAGCCUAGAAGCGAAGGGAGAAAGCUAUGGAGAAGUCAAUCCUCAGAUACCCCAAAACAGUUCCCAGCCCUCCUCUCAAAAUGGCCCCCAUUCAGAAUCCCAAUCACAGAGAUCUCAGGAUUUGUCUCCUUUGAAGAUUCCUCAGAAAAGUCCAGAAAAAUUACCCCUCCAUCCCUCUCAACAAAUGCCCCCAGCUGCCCCUCCACUGUUCUCCCAAAAUGGCCCUUCCCAGUUGCCCCAAAAUAUUCCUCACAAAGUAUUGCACAGUCCCUCUCAACAGGUUCCUCAGGGUAUGUCCCCUCAGUACCCUCACAAUGGACACACGCUGAAUGUCCCUCAUCAGCAGAUGCACCAGGGUGGAUCUGUCCGCAGCCCACAGUCAGGCCCUGUUCAUGGCAUGCCACAGACAGUUCCUCAGGUGUCUCAGCCUGGUGCUCAGCAGCCUGCCUCCCUCACGCCUCUGCCCCCCAGCCACCCUGUGUCCCAACCGCUUGUCCAGCCCUCUCCUGCUGACCGUGGCGACCAGAGGCCCAGCGAACCAAGCCGAGAGCCUGGGGGAGGCUCUGGGAGUAGCAAUCCAGAUGCAAAGACGGCUCCUGCAAAUACUAACAGCCACUACAAACAGCAGCCUUUUAGCCCCGAGUCAAAGGCCCAGUUGAGCCGGCCAGAGUUGCCUCAUAGCCAAACACCAGCCAGCCACGCUCUCGGUCCUGCAAGUAACACUGUGGCUCAAUAUAGUGGUGGCAUGGGUGGUCCAGCACCUUCACAGUAUGGUCAGUACAUGGGCAGGGCAGUGCCCCCUUCUGUCCGAUUACCCUACCCGAACCAGACACCGCCAUCUCAGUCUAUGAGCCCUCAUCUCAAUCCUGCCCAUUACCCUCCGUAUCAUCAGCAAGGUUCUGCAUAUCAGUACCAUGUGAGACCCCAGCACCCUCAGGCCCACCCGGGCAUGCACUCUCAGUACCAGCAACAACAACAUCAGUACUAUCCUCAGCACCAGCAGAAUAGCCGGCAUGGUUUUCCAGCAACUGAGUGGCAGAGGCCUCAGUACCCGCCCCGUCACCCUAUGAUACCCAACGCUUACCUGCCUGUGGCAGGUAACAGUGUCAAUGGCCGGCAGAGGGAGAACACCAUGUCCCCUCUGGGUUCUGAAGGUUCUGGCGGAAGUCUGAUGUCCCCUAGUUCUCUUCCAGACGGAGUCCACAGCGGCUCUGCUGAGAGUCAGAAUGGCAGCAGCCCAGCAAAACAUGCCCAGAUGGAGGAGGGCUCUGACCAGCCUGAAAGCCCUAAAGAACUGCUGGACCUGGAUAGCCACAACGCUGCGGCCCGCCGCCGCACCUCCGCCCAUCCCCAGCACAACUUUCCGUAUGAUCCCCGAGCCAUGCAUCCUAGCAUGCAGCAAGGUGGAGCCGCUCCACCCCAAGCAAUGCCCGGCGGGCCAUACCCCUCCAGGCCCCAGCGCCCCAGUGGACAUUUCCCCACUCAGCAUCCUCACCCACACCUGAUGGAAGCCCUACAGCGGCCCCAGCAGCUACCCUACUCCCCAGGCCAAAGCCGCAUGGCCAUGUACAGGCAUCCCCAUGCUGUAGGCCACUUCCAGGGCAUGAUGGUGCCUCAAAGAGACAUGGGACCUGAACACUUAUUUCAUCCUGGGCAGAACAUGAUGAAUGCAGCAGCUCCCAGUGGUCCUGGCAGUAAGCAAGGAGUAUGAAAGGUGAUGAAUGAAUCAAACGGAGAGAGCUGAGCAAAGAAGAGCCUCAUCUCCUCAACUGGAAGAUCCCUUUCCAGCUCCUGAAAUAUGACUGUGAAAAGACACGUUGCUUUCGAGAGUGAAUGUCAUUUCUGUGUUGUUUUUGUGUUGUGGAGCAGUGUUGAAGUGCUGCUUCCACUGGAUUGAACAUCAUUCUUCAACAAGGAGCUCUGUGGGCCUCAACCGUGAUGAAUAAGGAGCUUGAAACCUUCCACUGCUUUUGGAUUUCUGCAGCCUUUUCUCUUUGUACAUCAUUACCUGAAAGAGCCCUGCCAGAAAACUGCACUUUGAGAGUGAGACCUCUUUCCCUGUGGAGCUAAAGCUUCCAGGCUUCUUUGCAUGUGCAGCUAAAAGGAAAGGGACCAGCAAUGAGAGGCUGCCAUUGAGAGGUCUGAGGAGUCAAUUAUUACCUUGAUGUUCCUUUCCAAAGUUAAUCUCAGGUGUUUUUAUAGAAGGUACUUGUAAACUUAGUCAAGUCAUCUCUGAUCUUCGUGGACACACUGGACACUCUGUUGCCUUUCGCAUUCCCUUUGAAUGUCUUGUAUGUGUGAGUUAUUUUAGAUGUACUAACAUAACAGCAGAUGGGACGCUGAGUGGGUCAUCAGCAAGUGGAUCAUCAGUGAUGGUCCUGUUUAGGUGGCCAUCUCGACCUCAACUGCAGCAGAAUUUCCGCUUAGUUCUGCUGCGUUAUGCAUCCUUCAGCGCUGCCUUGGCUCGAAGAAUGUGUUCUCAGCUGCUCCUGUUGUUUAUGCACUAGAGAUAGUCUUUAAUACUGGAAUUAGUGGCCUUGGACUUCAUAGAUGUGUGCUACUAUGUAUAUAUGACAGUAAAACGUGACUCUGAGAUAUCUGAGACGACCCCCUCUGAGCUGUAAUGCAUGUUCUGUCAAUCACUUAACUGAUCUGUCCUGCUAGUUUAUAUAUACGCUGCAUGAGGAAGAUGUGAAAAGCCUCAUCCUUUUUGUCAUGUAUAUAAUUUGGGUAUCUUUCAUUCCUUAAGAGGGGAAGAGUCUGACUUCAGCCACAUUUUUACGACUGUGAAAGUAGCUUGUAUAUGUGAAUAGGAAAUAUUUAGGGCUGUCAUAGAGAAACGUUUUUUUUCUUUUUCUAUUUUGGUGCUUCCUCUUUCACAAUUCAGCGUGAUGAACUUCAUGUCCUCAGGGUGUCAUGCUUAUAAUACGGGUAUUAAUGAAUUAUUUAAAGGGGAAGUGAUGCGUGAGAUGACUGGAACUGUGAUGAUUAAUUGACCUCGAUUCACUUAGAGAUGGUGAUUUUUACUCUACAUGAUUACACCUUACAGCUUUUUUAAUGUUCUGAUUUAAAGCCUUUUAUAUGGGCAAAAAACAUGUAACCCAGUUGUUCUUAGUUUGAUCAAAAUGAAUUGGAACUGAUUUGUUGUUUUUAAUUGUCAUAAAUAUAAUUUUUUUUUAUUUAAGGGAGGAUAUUUUCAGGCUUAUUGAAAGCAGUGAGCAUUUUUCUCUCUUGUUGGACUCGUCACGGCUGCCCUAAAUGGCAUAUCAUUCAGAGCAGUGAUGCACUAAUAUGGGAAUUGUGGGCCGACGCAUAAGGUGUGGAAAAGUUUGAACAACCCCAGUCAAAUUACUUGUUCUCACUCAUUUUCUAAGUGAGUAUAAUUAACACAUCCUCUACAGAGAACACACUUGAACAGUUGCAAAAAAAAACUUUUAGUGCACAAUUUCUAUUUAUUUGCUGGGUGAAAUAUUUCAGAAAAAAAUAAAACACAAAAUAUAAAAUGUGCCAUAAUUAUUAUAAUUAAAAUGUUUUAUUUUUGUGUCCUGUAUGUUAAAUUCAACAAAUAAAUAAACAGAAUUAUGCGUUGUGUGCAGAGGUGUGUUCUCUGUAGAGGGUGCGUGCCUAUUUGUGUAUCAAGGGUGCCUAAACUUUUGCAUACAGCUGUAUCUGUUGUUGCCGAGAUAUAAACGUUGAUUAAUUGUUGGAAUUGGGACUGGGCCCACCUGGAUUAGCAUUAUGGGGAAAUAUGACAUUUAUUUCUGUACACUCUUAAAGAAAUGAAGGUUCUACAGUGGGUUCUUUGAGCAGUUCAAUAGAAGAACCACUUCAUGUUCCCUAAAGAACCAUGUUUUAAAAAAGGGACCCUUUUGAAGGCUUUGCAUAAUAUACAGGUUCUUUACCAAUUUAAGGGUUCAUCCCAGAAGCUGUACAUUAUGUGAAGGUCAUUCUUCACUCUAACACGUCUCGUUCUCUAAAGAUCCAACUUACUCAAAGGUUCUUUAGGGAACCAAAAGUAGUUCUUCUAGGAGCACUGUGGCUUCUGGCACCUUCAUUUUUAAGAGUGUAGGGUUACAAAUACAGUAAAAUGAAUAAAAAGCAGAUAUUUUAGUGCAGCAGCUCAGCAUUGCCUAUACAUUCCUGCUCUUCUAGAGUAAAAUAAUACAUCAUCAAAAAUCAGUUUGAAAUAUCGGUCAAAUAGAAACAUCUGCCCGAUAUGAUUCCAAUAUUAUCGUGCAUCCCUAAUUCAGAUUUGUGGUGUUUACAUUUGAAUUAGCAUGUUUGCUCUUUACAUUUAUGUUUAAUUACCCAACUUUUUUUUAACUGGGCAUUAAAAUGUGACGGCUAUUUUUGUUCCAAUGGCUGCAGAUUAUUUAUAUCUACCUCAUAAAGAGUCUGGCAUGCUUGGCAUUCCCACACAAAUUAUCCUAGUUUCUCACUGUUAUUUACACUGAAGUACGUCUAUGUUUGACUACUCAAUGUAUGAUUGUAUGAACUCUGCAGAAGCCUUAAUUCUAAUGAGACGUCAGUGCCAAGUUCGUAAUGCCAUCCUCGCCCUGUCGUCUGCAUUAUUAUGCAUGUUGAAUGUCGGCGUGUUUCUCCAGCCGUGUCUGAGAUAACGGGAAUGUGAAGUAAAAUCAAUUACGACUACAAAGUUAUCACCAUCACUACAGCGUCUCUGUUUAAUGAAAUGAAGACUGGGCUGAGGUCGGUCCAUUAAAGGGCUUAAUAUCACUGUACUGGCCUUCAUCUUUGGCCUGUUUUAACUUGUUGCAUCACAAACGUAGAGAGUGUCUGGCAGCGAUCAUUUGUAUUCGUAAAGAUGUUCAGUAGACACAUGAAGUGUUACAGAUGUUUUUUACAGUUUAAAAAAGAAAAAAAAGGAGCAGCAGAAGAAAUGCUAGCAGCUGUGGGCUGAUGUAGACGUGGCCCUGCGUUAUUGUGCAGACUUUGCUUAUAGGGAAUUAGCAGUAGACGCUGAGCUGUACUCUACGCUUAUCCUGUUCUCUUAUGAUAGGACAGGCUAGUUUCUGUGGACUGAGGUCAUAUUUGCUGUGUACAGAUUUGUACUCGUGUGUCGGCUGCAUUAGAGACUGAGCUGCACCUACUGAUUCUAUCACCCCUCCACUGUUCCUGCUGUCCGUCUCUGUCCACACUAGUGAAAUGACUAAAGUUGGUUAAAUAUGAAUCAUAUUUAUUUGCUGUUUUACCUUUUGUACAUUAUUUUGGGCUCCUUGUUUUUAAUAUAAAUGUUUUCUUUCUGUCUUUGUUUCUGUUUUUAUUAUUUUUUUGAACAGUUGACUAUACCUCAGUAGCACAACGGCAUCAAAAAGGACUCUUGUAUGUUUCAUUUUAAUGUGAAGUUUACAAGUUCUUAUCUGACUGACGUAGAUUAUUUUGGAAAUGGACCGAAGUGUUUUCUAUACUGUACAUUUCUUAGAAUAAAUAACUUUUUCCAUGAA